GAGAUUCGUCGGUGUAUAAUCACCCCACUUCCUCCUGUCUUUUAAGUAUCACAGUGUCUAAGAAGUUGUGUGAAGAUGAUUCUGUUUUGGGUCAUGCUACAUGUUCUUCUUCAUCAAGGAAAUGCCUUGGUUCCAGUGGUCACAGUUCAUCUGGGCAAACCUGUGACUUUAACAUGUCAUGUAACUAUGGAAAAACACAGCAAUGACUGGCUUCACUGGUACAAGCAGACUGCAGGAGAUACUGUUAAAUUGAUUGUAAUGCUACGUAAGAAUACAAGCCCUGUUUAUGGACCUGGAUUUUCAUCCUCAAGUUUCAAAAUACCUGACGACGAAAUGGAUAAUCUGACAAUUGUAAAGACUGUAAGAGAAGAUGAGGGAAUGUAUCACUGUGCUGUUAUCGGCUGGGUUGAUUCUAAAUGGAAUGCAACAUAUUUACUUAUAGAAGGAAACACUGAGACAACGUCAAGCUACCGUGUUGUUCAGCAGCCAGCUGUUCUAGAUCCAUCCCGUCCAGUAGAGUCAGAUACUCUGCAGUGUUCACUCCUUUCUCAGCCUGAGGAAAAGAGGUGUUCAGGAGAACCCAGAGUGUUCUGGUUGAGAGCCAAAACGGAUAAGUCUGUUCCAGAUCUCAUCUACACCGAUGGAAAAACACAGUGUGAGAAGCCAUCAAACACCGAGAAGAGGUGUAGUUAUAACUUCUCUAGGAUGGUUUCCCCUUCUGAUGUUGGGACUUAUUACUGUGCAGUGGCCACAUGUGGUGAGAUAUUACUUGGAAACGGAACCACAGUUGAAAUUGCCCAUUCAUUAAGCAACGUUAUAGUGUUGGUGGUAACUGUGAUCUGCUUGGUCAUUUCUGUGGUUGUGAAUAUUCUAUUAAUCUGUUUCCGAGCUCAAAGGACAUCACACAAAAAAGGAGAAAGCUCCUUUUCACGACCACAACAUAACACAAAUCAACCAGAUGAUCUUACAGAAGAUGGAGAGCAUAUGACCUAUGCUGCCUUACAUUUCUCUACAGGGACGGUGAACAGGAGAGAGUUGAAGACUGAAGAAAGUGUGUAUUCAAAUGUCAGAUUUAGUCAAUUUGAAUAUACAUCCUGAUGAAGCUCAUUUGUCUGAUUAAGUCUACCGUUAAAAAACAGCAACCUUUAACAUGUUAAUAAAUACAUAUUUUAUUAAGUACAAAUAUCUUUGAUCAAUAUGAUUUUAUUGGUCUGUCAAAUAAUCUGUAUAAUUUGUUUUGCUUAGUGAAUUGACCAAAUAAAAUAAAUAUCCUUUUCAACAUUUUAAUUUAUUAAUUGUUUUUUUUGUACUAUUAGCUCAUAUAUACCACCCACAUUGUGAUACAUUCAAAUACAUGAAUCAAAAUUAAGUUUUCAAACUAAAAUAAAUGUUUAAAAUAAUUUUUUUUUUUUUGUUUUUCUGAAUAGAUAGCUUACAAAAAUCAGAAAUGCUACAGAUACCCCACCCCAGUCUGACCAAUGGCGCUACUAUGUGUAUUUAAUUAAUUAAGGAAUAUUUGUAUAAGGUCUUUCACUGCAUUUCACUGCAUUAUCAGGCUGUCAACAGUUAACAUAAAACAGUUUUUUAUUUAUAGGGUGUACGUAUUACUAACAGUGGAAAAUUAAAUAAAGGCUAUGAUAACAGAUUAUAAUUAAAACAAAAUCCAGAAACGACACCACAUUUUUGAUAAACAUAUUGACAUUCUUGUUGACAAUGUAUUGCCAGAUCAAAGGAAUUAUUAUAUUAUGGACUACUUUUCACUUAUUAUGCAUGAUGUUAGUUUAUUUGUCUCUCUGAUAAUUGUACGUGGUGAUAUUUAUUGUCAAUGUAUAGCUAUAUAUUUAUUGGCAGAGAUGAAUCAAUUCUAAUAAACUGUAUCUGUCUUUUAUUG